UACACCCAGGACGUAGGAUGCCGGUCAAAGUGGACGUGGUGCCGCCGCCACCGGCCAAUUCCAAGCAGCCGGGCGUCACCAAAUCGUUACUUUAUAACGGCUCGCGCUUCCAAGGUUCCCAGAAGUCCAAGGGUAAUAGCUAUGAUGUUGAGGUCGUGCUACAGCAUGUAGAUGAAGAGAAUAGUUACCUAUGUGGUUAUUUGAAAAUUAAAGGAUUAACCGAGGAAUUUCCAACAUUGACAACAUUUUUUGAUGGUGAAAUUAUUUCUAAAAAAUAUCCAUUUCUUACUCGCAAAUGGGAUGCAGAUGAAGAUGUUGAUAAGAAACACUGGAGUAAAUUUGAGUCUUUUUGUCAAUAUGUCAAGACUUUUAAUUCUGAUACUUUUGAUUACGAAGCACUGAAAGGAACUGAUUAUGUUUUUAUGAGAUGGAAAGAACACUUUUUAGUGCCUGAUCAUACGAUCAAAGAUAUCAAUGGUGCCUCUUUUGCAGGCUUCUAUUAUAUUUGUUUUCAAAAAUCAGCUGCUUCCAUCGAAGGUUAUUACUAUCAUCGUAGUUCCGAAUGGUAUCAAUCUUUGAAUCUGAGGCAUGUACCAGAACAUAGUAUACAAAUUUAUGAAUUUAGGUGAAAAAGGGAAUGCACGCCGUUAUCACUGUUCCGUGAUCCAUUCCUUAACUAUUAGAAUUUCGUGCGCGCUGAACUUUCGUGAUGGUUCUUAUAACAAUUUUGCGUUAUUUUAUUAUAAUGUGCGUAUCCGUUCUUGAUGAGUGGACUAGUGCCUCGAACAUUGGUAAAUAAUAGAUAAGCUAAUGUGCUUAAUAGUCUGCAUCCAGAUUUUAGCAGCAUUAGGAGUUCAGUUACAAUCAUUUUUUGCUUGUUCGCAUGUGAUAUCCGGUAUACUAUUUUACAAAUCAUUGCAAAAUUUCUAACAUAAUAUGUUACUUGGACAUAUCAGAAAAGUGUAUAACUUCAAUACAAUUAAGUAUGCAAAAUUGAUCGUGAUAAUUAUAUACUUUCCGGAAUUGCGAUUAAGAAGUGAAAAAGAAAAUAUAAGAUUACCUCGUACUAGUCAAGCAACAAUUAAAAAUCUAUUGAUUUAAGGUCUUGAUUUUAACAGAU